AAGAAAACAUAAAACAUCCAUAUGCUACCAAACAUCUUAUAUGACACAUAACUUCAUCUCUCUUCCCCAACCCCAACCCCAACUCCCACACGCUCUUCUCUCUCUGAAAUCCUCCUUGGAAUUCCUCCACCGUCUCUAGCGUGCCACAAGCCACCACCACUUCUGUCAUAACUAUAUAUCGAUUGCAAUCACUCUAAAGUCUUAAACAGAAGGUGGGUAAUCAUCAAGAUGAAGAAAACAAUUAUGGGUUUUGAUUUUUGUUUCUUUCUUUUGUAGAAUUCACAAAUCAAAGAAAAGAAGGUGUCCAAUUGGAUUUUGAAGGUUGACUUUAAUGGAGCCAAUGGAAUGUGGAUAUAUAUGCCCUUAUGAAAAGGGUACCCAGAAAAUAUCAGUUUGUGAUGAGAUUUUGAACAUGAAAGGUGAUAGCUUUCGAGUGGAUAUGGAACCUUUCUCUCAUCUCACGAACUACAAUCCAAGAUUUAAUUUGCAAAGAAGUUUAUCAAGAAAAGGAUCACAAAUUGCGGAAAGCGUUGACAAUGAAAGAGAUGAUAGUUCUUCGCCCAAAGUAGACACAAUGUCCGAAAAAUCUACACCAGUGUUGGUGGUGGCGACGGAGCAACAACUCCACCACCAAAUUAGCAUCGCGACUGGCGGCAGCACCACUGCCGCCAGCGAAACACCAACUAGAAGCCGACUCAUCGGAAAAAGAUCGAAUAGUUUCAAACAAACAUCAAUCAUCAGUCCUAGAAGAAUCCUUUUCUUCUUUGCUACAUUGUCAAGCAUGGGAACUUUCCUACUGAUAUACUUCACCCUCUCCAUGGCCAAGCACAGUCAAGAUGACAACUUGCUCAAUUAAUACCCAGAAUACAUCUUCGGAGGUCUGGCAAUUUUUAUUCUUAUUCAUUGUUUCACAAGCUGCCGUUGUUUAUACAAAAAAGGAACAUACAAGAUAUGCUAAACAUUCCCUUUAAUUAAUUUAUGAGCAUUAAUGCGUUUGAAAUGAAAAAGGUUAAUUUAUCGAUGCAUUCCUUUUA